AUGUCAUCCAACCAGGGUUCAAAAAGUCCAGUGCUCUACCAGCCACUAGUAUUGGUGACCGACGAUGGAGUCGUGUCAACAGGGCACGCGGGGCACGAACAGAAGACAAUGCGUCGCAAUGUGUUGUCGCCGGUGAAGUCCCUGCUCGGAUUCUUGGUCGGGUCCUACAUCGCUCUCUAUCUUCUGUGCCGGUUCCAGCUCCUGCAACUGGAUGCAGUCUGCUCAGGCCACACCUUCGGCUUCCAGUGUCACCGGCCAGUCGAUGCCAAAGUCUCGACAUUGCCGACACAUUACGCCCUUCCGUCGGGCGACAAGAUCCCUUCGGUGGCGCUUGGCGUCUGGCAGGCAGCUCAGGGAGAGGUCGGUGCGGCUGUAAAGGUCGCGCUCAAGGCGGGCUAUAGACAUAUCGACGGCGCAUGGAGGUAUGAGAACGAGGCGGAGGUCGGGCAAGCUAUCAAGGAGAGUGGUGUCGCUCGCGAAGACAUCUGGCUGACAUCGAAGUUGUGGAAUUGGUUCCACGCCCCGGAGGACGUUGAGCCUGCCCUCACAAGACGCUCAGCGAUCUGCAGACCGACUAUCUCGAUCUCUACAUCAUCCAUUGGUUACGAUGGGCUUGACUGGCGUGCGCCGAUCGCGCUGAAGAAAGACACCUACGAGCUUGAUGAAGCGCUCACUGCCGAUCCAUACCCGACUUGGAAGAAGCUCGAGGAGAUGGUCGAGAAGGGAAAAGUGCGGAACAUCGGUAUCAGCAACUUCAACAUCCCGAGGAUCAAGAACCUCACUGCUAACCCGCUGAAAUACAAGCCCGCCGUGAACCAAGUCGAGCUCAACUAUUGGAACCCGCAGCCGGAGCUGCUCAAGUGGUGUCAAGAGCACGAUCUCCUCCUCGAGGCAUACUCGCCUCUCGGAAGCAACAAACAGGUCAAGGAGACGCUUCAGCUCCCUGAAGUUCAAGAGAUCGCGAAUGAACUCAACAUCACGCCUGCCCAGGCGAUCAUCUCCUGGCACGUCCAGCGCGGCACCGUCGUACUGCCGAAGAGCGUCACUCCCUCACGUGUCAAGGAGAACCUCCAAGUCUUCGCGCUGCCGAAGAUCUCUUUCAAGGUUGGAGGAGGCAGCGACGUCGCAUCCGCCUCAGCGAUAUCAAUCCCUCCAAGCGUACAACCUCCCUUCGAUAUCUUCGAUGAUUAUCCUUACGACAAGUAG